GAGAAAGGUAGUGGGAAACCAACCUGGCUCAGCCCAUUUCCAACAUCCAGCUGAGUCCUAACCCAGCCCAGCUCUGGCUUUUCCUCCCUAGGGGAAGUACAGCAUGCAGGGUUCAAGGGUGGCCCUGACACUUAGCAGCCUUGGGGUGUCUGCCACCGCAGUUGCUGCCCUGGAUGGGCUGUUCGAGGCACUGGGCUUUGAAACCUAUGAGAAGAGGGAGGUCUCCGACCAGGGCUUCCUCCAGGAGCUGGGUUGGUUCCGGGAGCAGCUGGAUGCCCUUAGGGGCCCUGUGGGCUGUGCCCUGGUGGCCUUGGUGGCUCCCACUGGGCAGCUGAGGCAGCCACAGCCACUGGUCCUGGAGUUGAGUCGUUGUAGGGCCCUGCAGGGCUGCCCCAAAAUCUUCUUGCUGCUCUCUAGUGGCCUCGAGGCCUCCACAGAGCCCGGAGCCUUCCUCACUGGCCUGAGGGAGAUCUGUGGUCAGUUUCCUCACUGGUCGCUGCUGCAGCUGUUGACAGAGGCUUCCUUCUGUGCCUUUGCCAAGCUCUGCCUUCUGCAUGGCACAGCCUCCCUGCUCUCCUGGCCAGCUUCACGCUGUCCCUUCUCGGUGUCGGCAGUGCCCUUCCCUGUGCUCCUGGCAUCCACGCUGGUGCUUCCAGCUGCCUCUUUUGACACUGGUGCACUCUUCCGUAGGGUGGCCCACGAGUCUUCGGGAGACAUCUACUGCCCAGUCCUUCAGAGCUCCUUGAGGGGUGCACUGUGCCUGGGGCAUGCAGAGUCCUGGUGGCCGGAGCCAAACCCAGAGCCCAGUGCACAGUAUGACCUGUCGGGAGCCAGGGCCGCCCUCCUCCUGGUUGUGACACGAGACCGGGCAGGGGCACAGUGUGACGUGGCAGCACUAGUGGACCUGUGCCAAGCUCUGGGCUUCAAGGUCACCCUGAGGACAGACCCUACAGCUCAGGAAUUCUGUGAGGAGCUUGUCCACUUCCAGAAGAGACUGGACACCCACAGGGGCCCUGUGAGCUGUGUUCUUGUGGCCCUGAUGGCCCAUGGGGGGCCACGGGGGCAGCUGCUGGGAGCCGAUGGGGGAGAAGUACAACCAGAGAUGCUGAUGCAGGAGCUGAGCUGCUGCCGAGCAUUGCGAGGCCGCCCCAAGAUCUUCCUGCUUCAGGCCUGCCGUGGGGGGAACAGGGACCCUGGUGUGGGGCCAAGAGCGCUCCCCUGGUACAGGCGCUGGCUGGGAGCACCCCCAGCCAUCCCUACCCGGGCAGAUGUCCUCCAGGUCUAUGCUGAUGCCCAAGAGGUGGGAACACCCUGGGGCCGCUGGAGUCCCAGCACGGUGAUGUUGCAGGCAGCCACACUUCCUGGAGCUCAGGCCAAGCAGACAUCCUGGCUGUCUACGCCACUGCAGAGGGCUGUGUGGCCUAUCGGGACGAGAAGGGCUCAGACUUCAUCCAGACUUUAGUGGAAGUCCUCAGAGCCAACCCUGGAGGAGACCUGCUUGAGCUGCUGAC